AGCUUGAUAUUUCUCAUGCCUGGAAUCCAAUCUAUUUCUUUCUCCAGGUAUGAGAAAUAUCAAGCUAAAGGAUCUGCCUUCCUUUGUGAGAACAACAGACCCAAAUGAUUUAAUCUUGGACUUUCUCAAUGAAAUGAUGGAAAAAUCUCACAAAGCCCAUGCCAUUUGUUUCAACACAUUUGAUGAGCUUGAAGGUGAGGCAGUGAAAGCUCUUUCCUCCAUUUACCAACCUCCUCUUUACUCAAUAGGCCCUCUCCCUUCUUUUUUGAAUCAAACUCCACAUAAUAACAACCAAUUGGCGUCUCUAAAUUUUAGUCUUUGGAAAGAAGAGACUCAAUGCAUUGAUUGGCUACAACACAAAGAACCUAGAUCUGUGAUUUACGUGAAUUUUGGAAGCAUCACAGUUAUGUCCCCAGAACAACUGUAUGAGUUUGCUUGGGGUUUAGCCAAUAGCAAGAAACCCUUCUUGUGGAUUAUAAGACCUGACCUUGUGAAUGGUGGCUCAGUAAUUUUAUCUUCUGAGUUUUUGAGUGAGACUAAAGAAAGAGGCUUCGUAGCAAACUGGUGUGAACAAGAAAAAGUGUUGAACCAUUCAUCCAUUGGAGGCUUCUUGACACAUUGUGGGUGGAACUCCAUGACUGAGAGUAUUUGUGCAGGAGUUCCUAUGGCGUGUUGGCCUUUCUUUGGAGAUCAACAAACCAACUGUAGGUAUGCAUGCAAAGAGUGGGGAAUAGGGGUUGAGAUUGACAAUAACGUGAAGAGAGAAGAAGUGGAGAAGCUUGUGAAUGAGUUGAUGGAAGGAGAGAAGGGGAAGAAGAUGAGACAAAAAUGUUUAGAGUGGAAGAAAAUUGCAGAAGAGAACACACAACCUGGCGGUUUUUCAUUCGUCAACUUGGAGAAAGUGAUCAAGGAUGUGCUACAUCAAGGAAGUUAAUUAGAAAUUUAGAAUAAUCCUAUUUCCACUUUGGUUAUGAAGUUUUUCUGUCAGACAUAAUACACCUUAGUUGGUAGCAGAUUUAGAAUACACACACACACAAGCGUAUGGCCAUGUUUCUGUUUCAUCUUUUGAUUUAGAUCAACAGACAAAUUUUAAUUCCCAUCAACAACCUUGGUUGUUAUUGGUCUUCAA